AUGGAAUCUAUUCAGACCGAUGGAGGGCACAGGCCCCGCUCGCCCGACGAAACAUCUCCCUUUCGACGGCUGCCACGUCAAGAAGACGCGCCGAAUGGACGGGUACUGGCGGAUCUCUUCCAACCACACGCUCCACUGCCUAGUUCGCAGCUAUCUAACGACCAACGCGAACAGGCAAACAGAAACCCACAAAACCCUCCAGAUGGAGCAGCCGACACAGUUGUCGCACAUGGGGAUCGCUCAGCGACGGCCGCCGAAGGCGAGAGCCAACACCAGCUACACCAGCUACCCCAGUACCAGCAAUUCCUCCUCUUGCCAAUAGAUCCACGAUACCUCACCCCGCAAUUCCUCGCUAUCGCUUCAAACCCUGCACACAGUGUGGGGGAUAGAACGCCUACCCCCCGAUCGCCACUGAUACCUCCGCUCACCGUGAGCACUGGAGACAGAACUCCUACCGCCGAAUCCCCUCGAACUCCCACAGUUGAUGCAUCUUCAAUACCACCACUUUCGCUCGGUACUGGGAACAAGACGCCCACGGAAGAGGCGUCUCGAAUCCCACAAGAUGAUGUUGACCCAUGCUCGCCCACUUUAUCGACAGGAAGUGAGGUGAGCAUAGGAGACUGCCUUCCGGAAUACAUUUGA